AUGAAGCCCUGGGUUCUCCUACUCAUCAUGCUCAUCUAUGGGGUUGUGAUGCUUCCGCCUGUGCUGGGAGGCCUCAAGAACGAGACUUUUUUUCCAGCUGGAAGAAUAGUCACUGAGCAGUGCUGGGUACAGCCUCCAUUAAAGUAUUGUGAGAAGAGGUGCACUAAAUUACAAGAGUGUUUAUCUCCCAAUCAUACAUGCUGUUGGACCUUCUGUGGAAACAUCUGCUUGGACAAUAGAGAACCCUUUAAAUCCAUGCUAAACCCCUAG